AUGUCUGCCACACGAGCUUCUGGCUUGCUGAACUCCCAGCUUCGGAGCGCAUCACGCAUCACCCUGGGUCGCAGAGCUGCAACCGCACCAACAAUCGGACUAUCAACGCGACGGGUUAUUCCCACGACGAAAACGACGGCCAGAAUGGCAACUUUCGCUGCUUUCAAGGUGCCCAAGGUGGCCAAUGAGCCCAACCACCACUACACCAAAGGCUCUGCCCAGCGCGAGGGACUGACGGCUGCAAUCGAUAACUUGAACACGAAGUUGCCCUUGGAGGUGCCUAUUGUCGUAGGCGGCAAGGAGAUCAAGACUGGCAACAUCGGACAGCAGUUCAACCCCGCCGACCACGGUACCACCGUCGCGAGGUAUCACCAGGCAUCACCAUCCGAUGUCCAGGCCGCCAUCGCCUCUGCCCUGGGAGCCAAGCCCGCUUGGGAGUCCCUUCCCUUCGCCGACCGCGCCGCCGUCUUCCUCAAGGCCGCCGACCUGAUUUCCGGAAAAUACCGUUACGACAUUAUGGCUGCGACCAUGAUUGGACAAGGAAAGAACGCAUGGCAAGCCGAGAUCGACGCCGCUGCGGAGCUGGCCGACUUCCUGCGCUUCAAUGUCCAGUACGCUGAGGAGCUCUACGCCCAGCAGCCCGCGCACAACUCCCCCGGAGUCUGGAACAGGGUCGAGUACAGAGCUCUCGAGGGGUUUGUCUACGCUGUCAGCCCCUUCAACUUCACUGCCAUCGCCGGUAACCUCCCUGGUGCUCCCGCGCUGCUUGGCAAUGUCGUCGUCUGGAAGCCCAGUGACUCUGCCAUCCUGUCCAACUGGUUGGUUUACAACAUCCUGCUCGAGGCCGGUCUGCCGCGCGAUGUCGUUCAGUUCGUUCCCGGCAACCCUGAAGAGGUCACGAAGGUCGUGCUGGAGCACAAGAAGUUCGCAGCCCUCCACUACACCGGCAGCACUGCCGUCUUCCGCAAGCUGUACGGCGAGAUCGGUGCCGGCGUGGCCGAAGGUCGUUACCAGUCGUAUCCGAGAAUCGUUGGCGAGACGGGCGGCAAGAACUUCCACCUCAUCCACUCGUCCGCUGACAUCGACAACGCCGUCAAGCAGACCAUUCGCGGAGCGUUCGAGUUCCAGGGCCAGAAGUGCAGUGCGACGUCAAGGGCAUACGUUCCCAAGUCGAUUUGGCCCAAGUUCAAGGAGGGCCUGGUCGAGGAGGCUAGCAAGAUCUCCAUCGGCAACCCCGCCGACCACAGCAACUUUAUGGGCCCGGUCAUCCACGAGGCCUCCUUCAAGAAGCUGUCUGGCGUGAUUGACGACGCCAAGAACGACAGCGAGCUCUCGCUCGUGGCGGGCGGCAAGUACGACAAGUCCAAGGGCUUCUUCGUGCACCCGACCAUCUACGAGACGACCAACAAGAACCACAAACUGUUGAGCACCGAGCUCUUCGGCCCCAUCCUCACCGUGUACGUGUAUGACGACACGGCGAGCCCGGUGCAGGCUUUCUCGGAGGCGUGCGACCUGGUGGACUCGACGGGCGAGUACGGUCUGACGGGAUCCAUCUUCGCGGCGGACCGCGCGGCGGUGCGCUUCGCCGAGGACAAGCUCCGCAACUCGGCGGGCAACUUCUACAUCAACUGCAAGAGCACAGGUGCGGUCGUCGGCCAGCAGCCGUUCGGCGGCGGCCGGGCCAGCGGCACGAACGACAAGGCGGGCAGCCAGAACCUGCUCAGCCGAUUCGUGAGCUUGAGGAGCAUCAAGGAGGAGUUCGCCGCGACGACCAAGGUCACGUACCCCAGCAACGAGGUUUGA